AUGUCGGACGAUGAGCGCGAUUUCGGGAGCGGUGCGCCGGAAGAUGAGGAGCUUUCGCUGCCCAAGGCGACUAUUCAGAAACUAAUCCAAGACUACCUGCCAAACGACAUGAGCUGCGCGAAAGAUACGCGCGACUUGCUGAUUGAUUGUUGUGUCGAGUUUAUCCAUCUCGUCUCCUCCGAGGCGAACGAGGCGUGCGAGAAAGACUCGAAGAAAACCAUCGCGCCGGACCACGUCGUGACUGCGCUUGUCGAUCUGGGAUUCGAGAAGUACACGCACGAAGUGCGGGACGUGCUUAAUGACCAUAAACAGCACCAAAAGGUACGUUGGGAAGUAGCUCAUGGCCAGGAACGUGAACGGAAGGCGUCACGCUUUGAGCUCAGUGGGCUUACUGAGGAGGAGCUGCAGCGCCAGCAGGAGCAACUAUUUGCUGCGAGCAAGGCCCGCUUUGAUGCCGCGCACUAG